AUGGUUCCAAAUGAAGCCCACCAGCACAAUGGCAUUGCAGAAUUACUUCUGCACUUUGGAUGGACAUGGGUUGGAUUCCUUGCUGUGGAUGCUCGGAGUGGAGAACUGUUUUUUGAGACCUUGCAGCCUCUGCUUGCAGAGAGAGGGAUCUGCUUUGCUUUCUCAGAGAGAACAAAAGUAACUUACUUUACAGAAAUGUAUUUCAUGCAAUGGAGUUGGUCCAAAAGCUACUUAGUCAUUGUGGAGAGCAAAGCUAAUGCUGUUGUUGUCUAUGGAGAUUCUACAGCCAUGUUUUGUUUGCGAUCAAUGCUAGCACUGGGUGAACUGGAAAAUGUCAUCAGUACACCUCUGGGUAAGGUGUGGAUUAUGACUGCUCAGCUGGAUUUCACCUCUAUAAAAUAUCAGAUGACCUGGGAUAUGCAAGUUUUUCAUGGUUCUCUCUCCUUUGCAGUUCACUCAAAUGAUGUGUCAGGGUUCAAAGAGUUUCUCCAGCUCAGAAAUCCAUGCAGGCCAAAUGGAGAUGGUUUUAUCAGGGAAUUUUGGGAACAAACCUUUGGCUGUGCACUUUCCACUUGUGCUCUGGACAAACAGGACAGUGAAGCAUGCACCGGGGAAGAAAAGCUGGAGGAUCUCCCUUCAUCUGGUUUUGAAAUGAGCAUGACUGGCCACAGUUACAGCAUCUAUAAUGCUGUCUAUGUGGUGGCCCAUGCUUUACAUGCCAUGUACCUAUCUAGAGUGAAACAAACUACAGUGAAGGGAGAGAGAGUGAAGUUGCAGAAUCUGAAGCCCUGGCAGCUCCACCACUUUCUUAAGAAUGUCAUGUUUAAUAACAGUGCUGGAGAAACAGUGCUUUUUGAUGAGCACAGGGAAAUAGAAACUGGAUUUGAUAUAACCAGCUUGAUCACUUAUCCAAACAACUCUUUCAUGAAAGUCAAGGUUGGAAGGAUGGAUCUGCAGGGAACUCAAGGCAAGAAAUUUAUCCUGGAUGAGGACAAAGUGGUCUGGCACAGAAGCUUUCAACAGGUGCCACCCAUUUCUGAAUGUAACAAAAAGUGUCCUUCUGGUUUGAGCAAACAAAGGAAGGAAGGGGAGAUAUUCUGCUGCUAUGAUUGUGCUCCCUGCCCACAAGGCAAGAUUUCCUACCAAGAAGAUAUGGACAAUUGUAAUGCAUGCCCAGAAGAUCAGUAUCCAAACAAGGAACAAUCACAAUGCAUUCCAAAGAAAAUAAACUUUCUGACUUUUAAAGAGCCUUUAGGGACCUGCUUAGCUUUUUUUGCUCUUUCUUUUUCUCUUCUCACAGUGUUGGUCCUUACUAUUUUUAUUAAACAUCAUGACACACCUAUUGUCAGAGCCAACAACCGGAAUCUCAGCUAUAUUCUCCUCACCUCUCUCCUGCUCUGUUUUCUCUGCUCUUUGCUCUUCCUCAUCCAACCAGAAAAAGUGGCCUGCCUUCUCCGACAAAUUACUUUUGGCAUCAUUUUCACAGUGACUGUUUCUUGUGUGUUGGCCAAAACUAUCACUGUGGUUCUAGCCUUUAUGGCAAAUAACCCAGGAUCCAGAAUGAGAAAAUGGCUAAGAAAAAGUCUUACAAGCGCCAUUCUGUUUUAUUGCACUCUUGUCCAAGCAGGCAUUUGUAUUUCGUGGUUGGGAAGCUCAGCCCCUUAUCCUGAUUUUGACAUGCAUUCAGUCGUAGGAGAAAUCAUACUAGAAUGUAAUGAAGGGUCAGCUAAAAUGUUUUAUUCUGUGUUGGGCUACAUGGGCUUCCUGGCUAUUGUUAGCUUUGUUUUAGCAUAUUUAGCCAGGAAACUGCCAGACAAUUUUAAUGAGGCCAAAUUCAUCACCUUCAGUAUGUUAGUGUUCUGCAGUGUUUGGGUCUCUUUCAUUCCAGUCUAUCUGAGCACAAAGGGCAAAUAUAUGGUGGCUGUGGAGAUUUUCUCCAUUUUGGCCUCCAGUGCUGGCUUAUUGACCUCCAUCUUUGCCCCCAAAUGUUACAUUAUUUUGCUGAGACCCAGUCUGAACAGCAAGGAACAACUACUAAAGAAGAAAUAA